UAGAGCUCAAUAUAACAAAAAUAGGCCUGGCUAAUACCUCCAAAAAACCAAAACAAAAAGAUGGCUUUACAUUGUUUCUUAAAAUAGCUUCACCACAACAAAUAAAAGGUGUGGCACUGGCAAUCCUGAGAUACUAAGACAAAGUUAAGUGUCACCCAACUCGCACUGUCCUCAACCUCCCAGGAACCACACGUAACAAUUUAACAACAACAACAGGCAGAAAACUAAAAUGAAAAGUAAACUCCUUAUUGUAUUUAAAACUUUAUUUUACCAGGUUAACCAUUUAUGCUGGCAAUAAUAUAUAUAUAUAUUAACAAACAGUAACACCUUUAUAUAAUUUAAGUAAGUUAUCCUGCUAAAGCAGUAACCCAUCCAGAGACUAUAACCAGAUUUAUUCUUUGAACACUGUCUUCAUCAUCGACAAGCAACACUUAGAAAUUGGGGCACCUUUGAGGUCAUGUGAAAUUCACAAACUAUAUAAUCUACCACAUUGCCAAUAGAAAUGUAUAUCUUUCCUCAUUAAAUUUACAGCUAUAUGUCAAUAAAUAACUUGAAUGAAUUUGAAUAUCCAAGUCACAUAAAGAAAUAGAACAAGCGUUACGUUUUCUUCACACCUGAUGAUCAUUUGAUAAUUAUCCUUCACGGCAAUCAGGCACCGAACAUACAAAACAUUGAACAAAAGACUUAGUUAAGCAAGUCAUUUUAACAUGGCCCUGUUAACUUUCAUUUAUAUCUCCCACAAAUAACCACCAUUCACGCAGAAUCAUGCUUUUCAAACACCCAGCAGAAAGCUCAAACCUUAAAAGUCGACCGUCAGCGUUUAAAAACAUGAUUGCCGUUUCCUACCUGCUGGGGGGUUGUUCAGUGAACCGACACGCGGUGGCGGCAGAGGGUCCACGCGGACCUUAUUUUCUGGCCACGAAGAAAAAUACGACUACUGCCGAUUGGAUGACUGUUUACGGAAACGACGAAAAAGAUAAGACAGAACAAAAACAGUCGUGAACACACGUUGACGUGACCGUGAAACGCACGGGAACAUGACAUAGCCGACCAUGUUGAGGCUUUCCCCGUUCAUCCGCUGUAUGGACAGUAUGUCUAGUCGGGUCAUCUGGGGAGCUCCUCGCAGUGUUCCUAUCCUGCUGAGGCCGCUCCCGCCUGGACUGACGUGUGUUUUGGCAGCCGGCAAAAAGGACACGAUAUACUUCCCAGUCCUGAACGAGGACGAGCUUCAAGAGCAGUUUGUGAGAGGAUCUGGACCCGGAGGACAGGCCACCAACAAAACCAGCAACUGUGUGGUACUCAAGCACAUCCCCAGUGGGACUGUUGUGAAGUGCCAUCAAACCAGAUCUGUGGAUAUAAAUCGAAAGCGUGCUCGGGAAAUCAUGCAAGUGAAACUUGAUGUUUUUUAUAAAGGCGAACUCAGUGAAGUUCUUGUUAAAAAAAAAGAGUCUGAGCUGAGGAAACAAGAGAAGAGGAGGAAGGCAAAUGAGACACUAGAAAGAAAAAGACUCUUUCGAGAAACUCUGGCUGCAAACGCCAAACCUGGAAAUGACACAGUUUGAAGGAUAAUUAAUUCAUUAAUACUUGAGAGGUUCUAUAUGUGUUUAUGCCAAGACAGAUUGGAUAACUAAACCUGGAAGUGUGUAGUGUCAACAGUUGUAUAUCCAAUAAUCCUCGUUUUUGUAUAGCAUCUUUCAUGCAAAGUUACAGGACAACAAGAGAAAGAUGCAGACUGGAGAAUAAAAUGAGAAGAGAAAAGAACAAAAUAGAAUAACAAAUGUUGGCGAAUGCAUAAAGAUGUUCUCCAAAGAAAAAUAACAUUUAAUUGUGAAAUACAGUAUCGAUUAAAGUUGCAAAAUACCACCUUU